AUGGUUAUUCUGGGUUCCCAAAGGGAGCGUCACCGCAGAGACCAGCAAACCCAAAUGGUUCCUCGUCACUCCCCCACAGCUAUCCGGCCAAGGAUUUCCUUUGGCUGCCCCUUCAAUAUUAAUUUUGAUCCACCCCAGAAGGGGCAGAUUCCAAGAACCAUUCUCUUUGUGGUUCCAAACACAAACAUCCAAUCAGAAAUGACUUCAAAAUCUAAUGACCAAAUUGUAGGUCAAGAACUCAAACUAAAGAAAAAAAAGGUUUUAGAUGAAGUGAUUCCAAGCACAAAAAUCAAAUCAGGCACGGAUUCAACAGCUAAUGAGCAAAUUGACCUGCGGCCUCAAUUUGGGGCCACAAACUCUGCUGAUGUAAGAUUACGAAUAUUUGGCCCAAACAGAGAAGAGUAUGAUGGAAAUCCUCUUCGCCUUCAUUCUCAAACUCUUCAAACUUCGGAGUUUUUUAAGGCUUUGUUAUCAGAGCGCUGGUCUUCUAAUAUCCGACCAUUUGAAAUUGAGGUAACCACUGAUCAAUCCUUUGAGAACUAUUUAAAAUGCAUCGAGAUGAUGUAUUCUUCUACUUCUUCUCUCCGUUUUUCCAAUGUGGAUGAAUGCCUGGCAAUUCUAUCUGUUGCUUCGGAAUUGUUAGUGGAUAAACUUAUGCAACAGUGCAUGAGAUAUCUGGAAGCUGUUCGUUGGAACUCUGAGGAAGAGUCCAAAAUUAGAAAUCUAUUGUCCUCUCUGAGUUUGAGCGUCCUGCCCGAUCUGAAUGCACGGCUUAAUAAACAGAACAAUAACUAUUUAGAAUUUGUCAGAGAGAAUAUCAAAGCAAUGUUAUAUUUUCUUUCCAGUUGUGACUGUGCCGACAAGAAACAACCAAUUAUUCGAGGAGCGGUGGGCAAAUUUAUAGUAGAAAAUUUGCAGGAAGAUGAAUCUUCAGGGAUCGCAGAAAUGUGCAGGCAUAUCAUUUUAGAGGAAUUUAAAGCUAACAUUGAAAUUGCUGUGACAUCAAAUACUGAAAAAAAUGCGGCAGAUGAGGAGCAUUCUUAUUUUGCCCUGCUGUGGCCCUUUACUCUAAUUGAGCGCUGUGACGGGACGACAAUGGAAGGCGCACUGAAGAUAUUAUGUGAAGAAAUGAAACUUGCCCACAUAAUAAUGCAACCGCAAAAGCAUUAUACUGCAAGCAGGUACACGAAAGUCAUGCUGCCAAUUCUGCUGGGAUGUCUGGACGCUCUGGCAAACGGGAAGAUAAUUGCUGAACGAAAACUUCGUGUUGGUUUCCUUACAAUAUGGUUACCAGUAAUGGCACGAUUGCUUUGUCCAAAUCUGUAUUUCAACCACAUCAGUGAUAAUGACGUUUUGAAGACCCAGCUUUGCAGAGGAGUGAGCAAUGUGGUGGAAACCCUCCCUUUCGCUGAUUGGAGAGGCAUUUACAAUAUUUGGAUAGAUUGCUGCGCCAAAUAUUCUAUUGACUUAAGGAUACCAUUUGCUUCUGGGUGCAAGCCUUUAUUUGGCCUUAUGUCACUUUCAGUUUCUCCGCCCUACAGCUUCAACAACAAUCCUGUAGCAGCAUCUUGGACAGCGGCCCUCUUUGAUCUCUCUGAUCAGCACUUCAACUCUCCUUUGUUUCACACUUCGGCAAAUCCUGACAUCUUAUAG